UUAUUUCACAUGCGAUCCAUCAUAUUAAUAAUAUUGGUUUGUUCAAUAAGCUUCUGUUCCGGCCAAGUGAUUAUUGCUAAAAAUACACAAGUAACUCCCCGAUGUGGUUCUCAGCUUAUUUCAAUUGAAGUCAACUUUGACCCGACCCAACUUCCCGGUGGAAAGUUCACAGAUUGGAUUAUUGUCGGAGUUUCAGGACGUCCGGAGUGCCGACUACGCGGAAAUGGAGAAACAAAGUAUAUUAUUGAAAUUGCUGUUUUUAAUGAUCCCUGCUUAACACAAAUACCUGCUCGAAAUGUGUUCCAGAAUAGAAUUCGGAUUGGUAAGAAUCCAGUGGUAAUAUUGGAAGAAGACCAAUCCGUUACUGUCAAAUGUAUAUAUGGCCUGCCAACUGUGGAAACUAUGACCCUUCCAAUUAUAAACUCAAAUUUCAAUAUUGACAACUUUGGACACCCUGAAGCGGAAAUUCGUACAACAUCUUCAAAUUCUUCGGAUCUAUCAUCAAGCAUAUCUCAAUCAAGAGCUAGUUUAAGUGUAGACGAGAGCACAAAAGAAUCCAUGCACCAAUCAUUUGAAAACAGCGAGUCAAUUGAUAGCAACCAGAGAGCGACUCAAGUGAGGGACUCUUCAAAUUUCGGUGGGACUCCCAAUCUUUUGCCAACUCAAGGUUUCAACUCUGAACAAUUUGCUGCAACAACUUUACGAAAUGGGCAAAACAUGAAUGGAAAUUGGGAAGCAAAUCGGAAUACGAAUGCUCCGAAUAAUUUUCAAGUGGAAACUGGAAAUGAUGAGGCGAUAAAUGGGAAUAGCAUGGGAAGUGUUCCAGGAAUGGGAAAUAGUUUUAAUAAUUUUGAUACAUUAAACACUGGUCAAAGUUCUAAAAAACGCUCUUUCUCUAUGAUUUUCAUUACUGCCGUUAUAUUAAUUGUAUUGGUAUUCCUUGCACUGUUAGGGUUCUGUUUAAUGUUUUUACGGCGGAAGCUUGCAAGCAGAAAUCGGCGGUUGUUGGUAGACCGAGUCUCAGACAGAACAUGGCCUGCAAACACUUCAAAUGAUGAAUAUGGAACUACUUCACCACCACCAGUUGCUGCUAAACCGAAACACUUUGAUAACAGACUGGAAUCCCAUAACACAUCUGUUGGGAGACAUUUAUUCAGAUCUCCAGCAGCAAGAAACUUCCCGGAUCUAUCAAUAGUAAUCAAAUCCGAUAGCACGAAUGAAAAUGACAAAACAUCUGGAAGACGUCGACCAAGUGUAAAAAUAUCGAAAAAGAAAACGCCUGCUCCGAAUGCAAAUCUUCCUUUAAAAUCAAAUCUAGAAGAGUUUGUGUCAAAAACUUAUGCUCUUGGAGAGUACAAUAAUUUGGCAAGUCCAGCUUACGCCUACACAUCCGAAAUUCACGACGAGAGAGAAGUAGACGUGGGGAACGAUGUGCGAUAUGAGAAGCCGUACGAAAAAAGAAGUGCCAGCAAACCAAGAGCCCCAAGAGUCGAGGACGGAGCAGUAUCAUCAUUCCGAUCAAUCACUGAAAUUGUUCAUGCCGCGGAGACAGCAACCACAUCGCAAGAUCAAAAAGGAAACGGUGAUUCCAGUGAAAUGCAAAACAUUUUGAUGGAUUGUGUUUUAUCGAUAAGAGGGUUCGGAUACCGAAAGCUCACAGAACAAGAAAUAAUUCGAUGGAAAAACUUGAUUCAGCAAGACUCCCACAUCCGUGAAUUGCUAGUUUCCUCAAAAAGUUCGGCAGAAAUAGAAAACAUAUUUGAGCACGAGGAAUAUAAAAAUAUGUUCACGUCAUCUAAAUGGCAUGAAAUCGCACUUUGUGUGCAUCGAGCAUUGACGAACUCGCUAGACCGAUCAAAUUCUAGAUCUGAGUUGCAGUUAUUCGUUGGAAAUGUGCAUACUGAUUGGUAACUAAGCAAGUGUUUGAGAACGAAACAAUACGGGACUGUAGUAUCCAUGUUAUUUAAAUAAUAUACUUGUGUGCAGUUAAAUAAAUCAAUAACAAUCAAUUAA